AUGGUCCACCUGCCUCUGGCUCCAGAGUGCCAGGAUUAAAUGUGGGCCAACAUGCCCCGCUUUCUCUUUGUUUGUUUGUUUGUUUGUUUGUUUGUUUGUUUGUUCAUUUUUAUGUUAUUGGCUGAUGGUUGGACUGUGGGUUUUGGCACAUGUCAAGCAUAUGCUGCUGUGUUGAUCUUCAUCCAUGUUAUGAAUUUUGAAAUUUGACAGAUAGCAUGUUCUGUUUCUCAGGAUGGCAUGUAUUCAUGACAUUCAUACAUAUCAUUCAUGACAUUCAUAUGCACAUCAUGUAUGCCUAAUCCCCAUAGUAGUCAGAAAAUGGCUUUAGAAUUCCGGAACUUGGAGUAAUCAAUAGUUGUGAAGCUCCCUUCUAACUACUGGCAAUUGAGGCCAAUUAUUUUUAAGACCAGCAAGAGCUCUUCACUGCUGAGCCAGCUCCUGUCCUAUGUUGCUUAUUUAGGAUCAACAUUUACAUUGCCAGUAUUUUCAGCUAUCUGUUUGUAUCUGUUUAAACAUUCAUUCCCUUUUAGUAAGAUCUCAUUACUGUUACAGUUAAAACUGGGACACCUCAAGAUUAUGGAAGAAGAAUACAGAAGUGCAGUGAAUGUAAUUCUUUGUAGGAACUCUAGUAAAAACCUCUGAGUCCUUUCUAUCUUUCUUGUUUGUUUGUUUGAUUGAUUUUUCAUAGGGGAGACAGGGUCUUAAUAUGUACCUCUGGCUGUCCUGGAUAGACCUCAGAUAUACCUGCCUCUGCCUCCUGAGUGCUUGAAUUAAAGACAUGAGCCUAUAUGCUCACUUGAUAUUUUUUUGCAGUUAAUAAUUGUUCAUACAAUUUCUCUGUGUGCUCAAUACUGCGCCCCCCCUCCAUUAAUUAGCAUUUCUCUUGCAAGGCUAUAUCCUACCCAAAGAGCAAAGAUAUGACAGAGGUGAACCUUAUUACUCAGUUUUCUUCUAAGAUGAUUUCGUAAUUACAUUAGAACAUCUGGGUCAAGAAAUAAGUGGGUUAAGCACAAGAAGCAUACAUUUACAGUGAUAUCGGUAUCAUGGUUACUGUUGUACAAAUGUGUGGGAUGUUUCAGGAUGCAUUGACCUAUGAUGAUGUACAUGUGAACUUCACUCGAGAAGAAUGGGCUUUGCUGGAUCCUUCACAGAAGAGUCUUUACAAAGAUGUGAUGCAGGAGACCUAUAGGAACCUCACUGCUAUAGGUUACAAUUGGGAAGACCAUACUAUUGAAGAACAUUGUCAAAGUUUCAGAAGACAUGGAAGGCAUGAAAGAUGUCAUACUGGAGAGAAGCCCUCUGAAAAUACUCAGUGUGGUAAAGCCUUUGCACAACAUAGUCAUCUCCAAAGACAUAAGAGCACACAUACUGGAGAGAAACUCUAUGAAUGUAAGCCAUGUGAUAAAGCCUUUACAUACGAUUCUCAGCUUCAAACUCUUGAAAGGAUUCAUACUGGAGAAAAACCCUACAAAUGUAAUCAAUGUGGUAAAGCUUUUGAACGUCGUUGUAAUCUUGGAAAGCAUAAACUAAUACAUACUGGAAGAAAAUCCUACAAAUGCAAUCAGUGUGGUAAAGCCUUUGCACGACACAGUCAUCUCAAAACGCAUGGAAUAACACAUACUGGAGAGAAACCUUACGAAUGUGAUCAAUGUGGUAAAGCCUUUGCAUAUCAUAGUUAUCUCCAAGUACAUAAAAGAAUACAUACUGGAGAGAAGCCCUAUGAAUGUAAUCAAUGUGGUAAAGCCUUUGUAGGUCAGAAUGAUCUUAAAAGGCAUGAAAGAAUUCAUACUGGAGAGAAACCCUACAAAUGUAAUGAAUGUGAUAAAGGCUUUGGACAUCACCAAAAUUUUCGAAUGCAUAAAAUGAUGCAUGCUGGAGAAAAACCCUACAAAUGCAAUCAAUGUGGUAAAGCCUUUUCACAAAACAGUCAUCUCCAAACACAUAAAAGCACACAUACUGGAGAGAAACCUUACAAGUGUGAUCAAUGUGGUAAAGCCUUUACAUCUCAUAGUUAUCUCCAAGUACAUAAAAGAAUACAUACUGGAGAGAAGCUCUGUGAAUGUGAGCAAUGUGGUAAAGCCUUUACAUCUCAUAGUUAUCUCCAAGUACAUAAAAGAAUACAUACUGGAGAGAAUCUCUAUGAAUGUAAUCAAUGUGGUAAAACCUUUGCAUCUCAUAGUUAUCUCCAAGUACAUAAAAGAAUACAUACUGGAGAGAAGCUCUAUGAAUGUAAUCAAUGUGGUAAAGCCUUUGCAUCUCAUAGUUAUCUCCAAGUUCAUAAAAGAAUACAUACUGGAGAGAAGCUCUAUGAAUGUGAUCAAUGUGGUAAAGCCUUUGCAUCUCAUAGUCAUCUCCAAGUACAUAAAAGAAUACAUACUGGAGAGAAGCCCUAUGUAUGUGAUCAAUGUGGUAAAGACUUUGUAGUUCAGAGUGAUCUUAAAAGACAUAAAAGAACACAUACUGGUGAGAAACCUUACAAAUGUAAUGAAUGUGGUAAGGCCUUUGUAGGUCAGAAUGAUCUUAAAAAACAUAAAAGAAAACAUACUGGAGAGAAACCUUACAAAUGUAAUGAAUGUGGUAAAGCCUUUGUAUGGAAUGGUAGUCUCCGAACACAUAAAGUAAUACAUAGUGGAGAGAAACCUUACAAAUGUAAUGAAUGUGGUAAAGCCUUUGCAUGUAACAGUAGUCUCCGAACACAUAAAGCAAUACAUACUGGAGUGAAACCUUUCAAAUGUAAGCACUGUGGUAAAGCCUUUGUAGGUCAGAAUUACCUUAAAAAGCAUGAAAGAAUUCAUACUGGAGAGAAACUUUACAAAUGUAAUGAAUGUGGUAAAGCCUUUGUAUUUGAUUCUAGUCUCCGAAAACAUAAAGCAGUACAUACUGGAGUGAAACCUUAAGAAUGUAAGCAAUGUGGUAAAGCCUUUGUAGGUCAGAAUGACCUUAAAAGGCAUGAAAGAAUUCAUACUGGAGAGAAACCUUACGAAUGUAAUGAAUGUGGUAAAGCCUUUGUAUGUAAUGCUAGUCUCCGAAAACAUAAAGCAACACAUACUAGAGUGAAACCUUAUGAUUGUAAGCAAUUUAGUAAGUUCUUUGCCUCUCAUGAUCAACUUUGACAACAUGAAAGAAUUCAUACUGGAGAGCAACCUUACAAAUGUAGUCAAUGUGGUAAAGCCUUUUCACAAUCAAGCCACCUCCAACUACAUAAAAGAACACAUACAUACUAAAGAGUAACCCUAUGAAUGUAACCAAUGUAGUAAAGCCUUUACUGUGAUCUUCAAAGGUAUGGUGGUUUAAAUAUACUUGGCCCAUGGCAAGUGGCAGUGUUAGGAGGUAUGGCCUUUUUGGAGUAGAUGUGGCCUUUGAGGAAGUAUGUCACUGUGGGGGUGGGGUGGGCUUUGAGUCCCCAUGCUUAAACUCUACCCAGGGCAGAAGAGUCUUCUGGCUGCCUUCUGAUCAAGAUGUAGAACUCUCCUCCAGCACCAUGUCUGCUUGGACACUGACAUUCCUUCCACCUUGAUAAUAGACUGAACCUCUGAAUCUGUAUACCUCCCCUCCCCCCAUUAAAUGUCCUUUCUAAGAGUUGCCUUGGUCAUGGUAUCUUUUCACAGCAUUAAAACCCAAAUUAACACAAACAGCAUAAAAGAUACCACAUUAGAGAGAAACUAUGAAUGUACUAAACAUGGUGAAGCCUUUGCACAUUUCAAUAGUUCUCACUAUAACAAAAGUAUUCAUACUUCCAUUCACUGAAACCCUGUGAAUGCAGAAAAUAACAUUCUUGAGAAAAGCCUUAUGAAUGGGCUCAGUGUGGUAAAGUCUUUGUGAAAUCUGCAUAAAUACCUAACAAUUCAAAAACAUGGUCAAAGUAAAUGCCAGGAGUCUAUUGGAAACAAGCUGAGUUAGAAGGGUAGGGGUUAUGAAUAGUGUGGUUGGGUGUGCAGUUAGUGCUAGAAAGUUAGGGGUUAGGGUUAAACCGUUGCGGGGCAGUGUGGGUUAAGGUUGG